AUGCCUGAUAUAUUGCAUGUGCAUACAUCAUCUAACACUAUGCAUAAGCAUUCACAACCAUCACCACAGACGCUAUCUUCUAGGUCAUUGUCACGCGUACAGUCUUCCCAGCCAUCAUCACUUAGACAGUCAGGCAUAAGUGACACAGUUUCAACUAAGCGAGGUCGAGGUCCAGCUAAGGGUCCUAUGGAAUGGGGAACUGGAGUGAAACUUAAGGUUGAGUUUGAUUCCAAGUUUCAGCCAAUAGGUAAGAAUGAAAAAUGGCUAAAGUCAGCGUUGGAAAAUAUAGUACGCAAUGAGCAUAGAGUUCCUUUCACUUAUAUCGAUUGGGCUUCAAUACCUGUUGAUAUACUUGAUACAAUUUGGAAAGAAGUGGAGGCUGAAUUUGAUGUGCAACUUUCUCAAUAUGAUGAGUCAGACCGUACACCACCUCUUCGAGAUCAAAUUUUCCACAAGUUGUUGGGAGAAGAUAGACAUGGAUACUGCAAGACCUACAGCACUGAGCCGCAAAUUAAAGCUGAAUUUGACAAGAUUCAUGCAAGGAUUUGUUUGUUGGAAUCACAAGCCGAUAGUGUAGGUGGAUCUAGGGUUAAUGCCAAUCAGGCUCUAGACACGUCUAGUGCACAUCAGUUGUUGAGGGAGUUGGAUGAAGAAAUACCGCCACGGUCAAUUGAGAAGUCAUCCAUACCAUCUCCAUCUCCCUUGCCUUCUGAUGAGGUGAAAUGUAUUUGAAUUUUUUGUAUUUGACAUUUGAUUAAUUUGUUAGGUUUGAGUGUAUUAUUAAAGAUAUGAAUAAUAAUUUUAGCUUUGAAUGUGUAGUAAAUGGCUUCCUUAAUGGAUGAAAGGUAUGGAAAGUUUCAACUUUGGGUAAAAGGGCUAUGUUGUUGUUUUUUUUUUUUUUGGAAUUGA